AGGUCAGAGCGACUGGAAAAAUGUACGCUUGUAAGAAGUUGGAAAAAAGAGGAUUAAGAAACGGAAAGGAGAAGCUAUGGUACUAAUAGAAAAACAAAUAUUACAAAAGAUUAAUUCAAGGUUUGUCGUGAACCUUGCAUACGCUUAUGAAACAAAGGACGCCCUCUGCCUAGUGCUGACCAUCAUGAACGGAGGCGACCUAAAGUUCCACAUUUACAACAUGGGCGGUGAUCCCGGCCUAGAUAUAACAAGGGCUAGAUUUUAUGCAGCAGAAGUCGUUUGUGGACUUGAACAUCUACACCAGCAGGGCAUUGUAUAUAGAGACUGUAAACCUGAAAAUAUUCUUCUAGACGACACAGGUCACGUGAGGAUAUCCGAUUUAGGAUUGGCUGUCGAGAUUCCGGAAGGAGAGUCUGUAAGGGGUAGGGUUGGAACAGUAGGAUAUAUGGCACCGGAAGUAAUCGACAACGAACGUUACACAUUUUCUCCUGAUUGGUUCAGUUUUGGCGUGCUGUUAUACGAAAUGAUAGAAGGCCAAGCUCCGUUCAGGGCGCGAAAAGAAAAGGUAAAACGGGAAGAAGUAGAUAGACGCGUGAAAUUCGAUCAGGAAAAGUACUCGAACCGUUUCAGCGAAGAUGCAAAGUUGCUGUGCCAACAGCUGCUGGUGAAGUCGCCUAGGGAACGACUUGGAGGAGGCAUGGGACGAGCGGGAGCGGUGAUGGUGAAACAGCACGCUUUUUUUCAGUCAAUCAACUGGAAAAGACUCGAAGCGGGUAUGGUGGAACCUCCGUUUGUACCGGACCCGCAUGCAGUAUAUGCCAAAGACGUCCUGGACAUCGAGCAGUUCUCAACUGUGAAAGGUGUGAACAUUGAUGACAGUGACUCAACGUUUUAUAGUAAAUUUAACACGGGUUGUGUUUCGAUACCUUGGCAGGCGGAAAUGAUCGAGACCGAUUGCUUCCGCCAGUUGAAUGUGUUCGGGCCGAACUAUAGCAGGACUCCGGAUUUAGUUCUAGAACCAAUAGUGAUUUCUGAAAAUGAAGGCUGUUUCCCGUUCAGGCGGAAGAAAAAGCAGCUGCCGCGAAGUCGACCGAUACCGAUAAACCCCGCCUACUUACCUCAAACUGGCCCAGACAGAUGAUAGCAGUGAUUUUAACGCAAUAUAGGUGAAAGCAACAGUCAAACGUAUUCGGGUUCAACUAGACUUGUCUGGUUUUGACAGAUAUUCUGUGUUAUUUUACAAUUUAAGUUUAAAGUUCAGAAACGAAUAGGAUUUUCAGCUUGAACUAUUUCAAUUCAGAAAACUACAGCAUCACAAGGUGUGUUCAAAAAAUAAUAGGAAUUUUCGUUUUUUUUUUAAAUAUUCAUUUAAUGUUGUCGCCUUCAAAAUAGUCCUCAUUGGAUAUGAUGCACUUCUCCCAAUCAUCGAAACGCUUCUCAAACCUGAUCUUGGGGAUAACGUUUAGCUUUUUCAUAGAUGCGGUUUUAAUGUCAUCUAUGCUUGUAAAACUACGGCUCAUUAAGGUUCUCUUUAAUCUUCGAAACAGGAAAAAGUCACACAGUGCCAAGUCUGGCGAAUAUGGAGGCUGAGGCAUCGCUCCAGUAUUAUUUUUCGCCAAAAAGUCACGAACAAACAAUGAAGUGUGAGCCAGAAAUUGUUUUUCCACAAAACCGGGCAUUUUUUUUUAUUGAUAUACGCACACGUAUACGAGGUUUGUCCGAAAAAUACGUAUAAAAGUGGAAUAAUAACUUAAUUUUACAGAUACACUUCCGCCAACGCCGUGUCCACUGUUGAUACCAACCAAUCCUCACGGCAAGCAACCCUCCUUGCUUUCCGUUCUGGAGUCAAGAGCUUCGUAACGAUUUUCGAGCACAAUUUUUUCGUUUCAAGUUUUUCUGGCAGAAUUUCGUGGACGAUUGUUUUGGGGAUUGACAGUUGGUCCUUUUUCCUGUCCUUUUUCCAAACACUCAAAAAUCUCACGACCAUUCUUGUCUAGCUUUACAAGACACUUGAUGUUGGUUCGCUCUUCCUCGAUCAGAGAGAGCUCCAUGCCAACGGCAGGUAAAAAAAGAGCUACUUUCAACAAGCACACUUAAAUCCGGUUCGAACUGAGCAUAGAGGAGAUUGCAGGGAACCACCGGGCCACCCCUCCACAACGCCCCGAAUUUUUUAUACGUAUUUUCCUGACAAACCUCGUACGUACUUUUUAUUGACCGUAAAAUCAUGUUUUACUCUAACAGCCUUUGUUAACAUUUCACACACUUUGUUACACUUUAUUUCAUUUUUACGCAAAAUUUGAAAGAAUACAAUUGUUUGAUCCGUUUCUUUUUACAAACUAAAAUCGAAGAUCUCGUAAAAACGCGUCUGCCUUUAGCGCCAAAGCAUUCAAUGAAAGUUUCAUCAUACUUUAGGGUCAUAAUAAAAAAAAUGACAAUCCUGCAGAGUUAAAAAAUAUCCGUUAUUUAUUUAACACACCUCGUAUAUCUAAAACACUCGGCAGAAAGAUGUUUUGACUAUUGAAUUUUAUCCAUCUUCGAAUAUUAAUUCUCGCUUAAAAUUGAAAAAUUUUAAGGAAACAUGCUAACGGUAGCUUGAGCUGACGAUCCUAUACUAUGUGUUUGCUAAGGUGUUUUACUCAUUUAUAUAGAAAGUUUUGACAGGAUGCUUUAUCUGUGAAAAAUAUUUUGCCAGUCAGAAGUGCCACCAAUAUUGUUUAUCAAUGCUGGCCGUUGAUCACAACAUAGCGCUUGUGUAGCGAUCACUGAAAGCUUUUCAGAAGCAACCUAACCUCUGAAUGGUCACAUGUCACUUGGUUUGUCAGUUGUCAGCUGUCAUCUAGACUCAAACAUCGAAAAAAAAAAUGGUAUAGUUAAAGAUUUAAGGAAGUAUUGUCAGUCCGUUUUAUGGCCUCCUUGGUUUUCAUAGUAUUUUCUCUCCUUCAGAAAGGCUGAGGUAUUUCUAGAUUUUUUUUUAUUGUGAGUCUAUGUUUUCUUGUUGAAUUUUAGGAAAUGUCUGGCUGAUAUAACAGAUGGUAUAAAUCAAAAGCAUGUACAAUUUAAUGCAAAUAGAUAUUUGAAACAUAACUUCAAAAUACUCGUAGAGUACACGGAGCAGUAGAAAACAAGGAGGCCAUAAAGGCGUCUACAAUUAUAGGGACGAUGCUUAAACAAAGCUUUAUCGUUUUGUAGCAUGAAAAGAACACCUGGUAAUUUAGUGGCUGAAUAGAGGUUGAUUUAUACUCAUCAGUUAUAUUUCCUUUUUACCUUGUCUGUUCAUCGAUUUUGAAAUGUUCAAUCAUAAUUUUCUGCAUCAGCUUUAUUUUAACCAAACCUCUACACUGUUUUCAAAGCAAACUCAAAACAUUGACUCCCAUAAAACAGUAUUUGAUGUAUCACAAAAAUAGCGACCGCUUAGCAAGGGUAUUAUGUAACCUUGAAAAGUAACAGUGUGUAAGAAUUUUUUUUAUUUCUCAACAUAGGCUCCUUGUAAUUCUACGGACUUCUCGCAGCGAUGCUCCCAUCUCUGUAACCGUCCAAAUAGUACUAUGCAAAAUAAUUGUUCACGAAGGUGAUUUUGCCUCUUCACUUGACGAAAAUCUCUGUCCUCGGAGCGCAAUUUUCAGAUGAGGGCACAGAGAGAUGUCGCUUGGGGCUAGAGCUGGUGAGUGAGGCGGAUGGUCAAGCAGUUCAAACCGUAACUCGUGGAUUUUCGCCGUGGCGACCGCUGAGGAUUGAGACGGUGCAGCAGGAUUUUUUUUUCUGCAAAUGUGGCAGUUUUUCCGCACGCUCUGCCUUCAGC